CAUUUCAACAGAAAAAAAAAAUCUCAACUUUUUUUUCCUCUUUGUUUUUCUCUGUUCUUGAUAGUUUUUUUCAAGUCUAGUUUUAUUUGAUUUCAAAAAGUGUCCAUUUUUUGGUUCUUUAUUUUCUUUUUUGGUUAAAAAGAACCAAAAAAGACAAUUUUUUUAGUAUUCAUGGACUUGAAUGAUAUGGUGGUUCUUGUAUCGCGCUCCGGACGGCAUUUACAGCGUUACAACAAGGGUCGUCGCCAAGUUGUAGGAUGUAUACCUUACAGAUAUAAAGACUUCAAUGAGUUAUCGUUGGUAGAUGAAGAUGCAUUUGAAGUUCUUCUAAUAAGUCCACAAAGAAAAGGCAAAGGAUUGUUGUUCCCAAAGGGAGGUUGGGAAGAAGAUGAAACGAUUGAGGAUGCAGCACAACGUGAGACAGUGGAGGAAGCUGGAGUACGUGGUGAAGUUGAGUGUAAACUUGGAACAUGGUACUUUGAGAACAAAGCCGGUGAUACUGCCUAUGAAGGGCACAUGUUUCCUCUGUUCGUAACAGAAGAACUAGACUAUUGGCCUGAGAAAGAGAUUCGCGAAAGAACUUGGAUGAAUGUGCGCGAAGCAAGAAAACUAUGCCAAAACGGAUGGAUGAAAGAAGCAUUGGAAGUAUUAGUAAGUCGCCUCAUAUCACAAAUAAGCAAGCAGACCAAAGGGGAACUAUUUCCAGGAAUCGAACGUACCUCAAGUGGUAGAGUAACUAUUCUUCCAUGGGGAUGUAGAGUUCAAAUACUUUCUCCACCGCUACCAAAUUCUACUGAAGAAGCAUAAUCUCCAUUGAUAUCGAUCCACUAAUGAACCAACGUGGUCAAAGUAGUUUGUGAAUAGGAAUUAAUCGUUGAUAAUGGUCAAUCUAGCACGCGGAUUAUGUAGUUCAUGAGAGCAACUCCAAUUUUAAGGGAACAAAGAAAAAGAAGUACUAGAGGGUAGUCAUAGGAGUAUGUUGUUUGUUUGUUAUUUUAGAAUUGGAGUUGUACAUUGGCUUUAGGCUUAGAAAUGAAGUCUAAUGUAAUCCUUAUAUUAGCAAAAAAAAUAAAUUUAAUUAA